CGCGCUCAAGAUGGCGGCGCCCUUGCGGCGGGCGCUGCUGGCGCUGGGCCCGACCCGGUGCCGGCUCCCGGUGACGCUUCCAGCCCCGGCGCGGUCUUACCGGGCGGAUCCGCUGCGCCGCCGCCCGGGCCCGGCUCCGGCUGAUCCCGACGAUCUGCGGGCGGCCGCGCGGCGGUUCGGGAGGCUCGGGGAGGCGUCGGGGGUGGAGGUGUGGCGGCUCUGGCCCAGCCCGGAGCAGCUGCGGGAGGCGGAGGCGGAGGAGCGCGAGUGGGACCCGCCGCUGCGGGAUGUGGAAGCCGUGCUGGAUCUGCGGGAGCGGGAGGAAGCGCGGCGGAGAAAGGAGAGGGAGGAGCUGGUGGCCCGCAGCCUGGCGGCGAUGCCGGCCCGCGUGGCCGCGUGGCGCCGGGAGCGGGAGGCGGUGCGGGAGCGGGCGCGGGCGGACGCGGCUCGGCGGCAGCGGCUCCUGGCCGAGGCGGGUUUGGGGGGGCUCCCUCGUUCCGGGACCCCCGCCCGAGCCUCCGCCCGAGCCCAAGAGCUGCUGGACGAGAUGGAGCGGCAGCAGCGGCGGGAGGAGAAGCGGCGCCGGCGGCAGCAGCGGGAGGAGGCGGCUCGGAGCGCUUUGGCCGCGGCGGAGGCGGCUGCGGCGGCGCGGCCGCUGCCCGGGGCUCCCCCGGAGAGCGACGAGACACCCCCCAAAACCACCGGGGCGACCUCCUGACCCACCCCUUU